CGGUGCCUUCCACCCACUCUGCCACACAACUCCUUUCUUAUCGGGGAUGAUUUCAACUUUGGGUCAAAGGUCAUCGUGUCAUGUGACCCAGGGUUCAGGGUCGGAGGUCAUGACCCUGCGUUGACCAAUCAGACGACAAUAACCUGCAAUAAAAAGAGGGUGUGGCAACCACAACCUAAUCUGAUUGGUUGUUUUCGUGUAGGGUGUGGUACCCCACCUAGUGUUGAGCAUGCACACCGCGUUGAAUCAUAUGAUUUCUAUGGAUCGUACGCACAGUAUAUAUGUGGGGUCGGAUAUUGGGUUCAACCAGGGGCUCAUAUGGGUUAUAUCCAGUGUAUGGAGGAUGGGGGGUGGGGUAAUGUCAACUUUACUUGCAAAGCGUUAACAUGCGGACAUCCGGGUUACUUCCAUCACGCACGAGCGAUUUACGCGACGGGUCACGGUUAUGGUUCAAUCGCCACGCUUCGUUGCAACGAAGGUUACCACGUCAACGGGUUGCCAUCGGUAACCAUAAGAUGUUCUCGACGGGGACUGUGGGAACCACCACCGGAGGAGCUACAGUGCAUUAUUACAACGUGUGAGGACCCAGGAUGGGUUGAAAACACGAAACGAACGAUAAUUCACCCCAACACAACCACACCAACCACAUCACCUCCAAUAAUAAUGAAUACAACUUAUAAUUAUUCCAAUGCAACAAAUGGAACUUCUAUCAACGGGACAAGGUCAAACAGGACGGAACUUGGAACCCAUGAAGUUGAGACCCAUAUAUUUGGGACCCGUGUUUUAUACGAGUGCGAUCAUGCGUUACAAUUUGCUCCGAAACAAUCCUCCAUCAUGACAUCAUGUAUUAACGGAAGAUGGAAUAUUGACGUUAACAAAGCUCGUUGUCACGACGUAACAUGCGACCCCCCACCCCCCGUCGAGCACGGGCGCAUCACGACCACCGGGGGGUUCGGUGUCAACUCAACCGUAACGUACAACUGCGACGAGGGGUAUUGGUUUCGUCGGGAUCAUUGGAGCAUGACACUUACGUGCCUCGCUAGUGGGGACUGGGACAUAGAGAUCAAAUAUAUUGCUUGUAUAAGGAUAACUUGCCAUGAAGCUUACCCGACACACUUUGGAUAUUUCGUGAAUCGUGGCGCCAUGUACACUGAUACCACUAGAUAUUAUUGCAAUCGUGGUUUUCGUGUCAAUGGGGAAUCCCUCGCCAUUUGCAACCACCGGGGGCAGUGGGAGCCGCACAAUAUAACUUGUGAACGCAUUUACUGCAACACACCGCCAACUUUGGUAAACGCUUACCAGAAUUCAAAAACCCGACGUGAAUACAAUACUGACAUCUUGUUCUUCUGUAAUCCUGAUCAUUUCUUUGACUUCAGUUUGCCUUACAUGGUUACCAAGUGUUUGGAUGAGGGAUGGAGUAAUACUGAUCGAGAGUGCAUACGUGAGUUAAUACCGAUCGACAGUGCAUACGUGAGUUAAUACUGAUCGACAGUGCAUACGUGAGUUAACACUGAUCGAGAGUGCAUACGUGAGUUAAUACUGAUCGACAGUGCAUACGUGAGUUAAUACUGAUCAAGAGUGCAUACGUGAGUUAAUACUGAUCGAGAGUGCAUACGUGAGUUAACACUGAUCGACAGUGCAAACGUGAGUUAAGACUGAUCGAGAGUGCAUACGUGAGUUAAUACCGAUCGACAGUGCCUACGUGAGUUAAUACUGAUCGACAGUGCAUACG